CGCCAGGUCGCGCACAGCUCCCCGAGCCCAGGCGCCUCCCCGCCCCCUCCCCGCGCUCCGCGGCGGCGGCGGCGGCAGCAGUAGCAGCAAUAUGGCUGUUGAUGGGUGUUCGGGGUGGCGCUGGCGGCGGGAGGAGCUCCCCCGAGCCCCUGCGCCGGCUGCCCGUUGCUAGCUAUGGCAAAUGGUGGCGGCGGCGGCGGCAGCAGCGGCGGCGGCGGCGGCGGCGGAGGCAGCACUCUUAGAAUGAGUGGCAAUAUCCACGCGAACCUUCUCAGCCUAGACGCGUCCUCCUCCUCCUCCUCUUCCUCCUCCUCUUCUUCCUCCUCCUCUUCCUCCUCGUCCUCGGUCCACGAGCCCAAGAUGGAUGCGCUCAUCAUCCCAGUGACCAUGGAGGUGCCGUGCGACAGCCGGGGCCAGCGCAUGUGGUGGGCUUUCCUGGCCUCCUCCAUGGUGACUUUCUUCGGGGGCCUCUUCAUCAUCUUGCUCUGGCGGACGCUCAAGUACCUGUGGACCGUUUGCUGCCACUGCGGGGGCAAGACGAAGGAGGCCCAGAAGAUUAACAAUGGCUCAAGCCAGGCGGACGGCACUCUCAAGCCAGUGGACGAAAAAGAGGAGGCGGUGGCAGCCGAGGUCGGCUGGAUGACCUCCGUGAAAGACUGGGCGGGGGUGAUGAUAUCUGCCCAGACGCUGACCGGCAGAGUCCUGGUGGUGUUAGUCUUUGCUCUCAGCAUUGGUGCACUUGUAAUAUACUUCAUAGAUUCGUCAAACCCAAUAGAAUCCUGCCAGAAUUUCUACAAAGAUUUCACAUUACAGAUCGACAUGGCUUUCAACGUGUUCUUCCUUCUCUACUUUGGCUUGCGGUUUAUUGCAGCCAAUGAUAAGCUGUGGUUCUGGCUGGAAGUGAACUCUGUAGUAGAUUUCUUCACGGUCCCCCCCGUGUUUGUGUCUGUGUACUUAAACAGAAGUUGGCUUGGGUUGAGAUUUUUAAGAGCUCUCAGGCUGAUCCAGUUUUCAGAAAUUUUGCAGUUUCUGAAUAUCCUGAAAACAAGUAAUUCCAUCAAGCUGGUGAAUCUGCUCUCCAUAUUUAUCAGCACGUGGCUCACAGCAGCCGGGUUCAUCCAUUUGGUGGAGAAUUCAGGGGACCCAUGGGAAAAUUUCCAAAACAACCAGGCUCUUACCUACUGGGAAUGUGUCUAUUUGCUCAUGGUGACCAUGUCCACUGUUGGUUACGGGGACGUUUAUGCAAAAACCACGCUCGGGCGUCUCUUCAUGGUCUUCUUCAUCCUCGGGGGACUGGCCAUGUUUGCCAGCUACGUCCCUGAAAUCAUAGAGUUAAUAGGAAACCGCAAGAAAUACGGGGGCUCCUAUAGUGCGGUUAGUGGAAGAAAAGUCAUCUCCAUAAAGAACUACCACCCGAAGAUAAGAAUAAUCACUCAGAUGCUGCAGUAUCAUAACAAGGCCCAUCUGCUAAACAUCCCGAGCUGGAAUUGGAAAGAGGGGGAUGAUGCAAUCUGCCUCGCAGAGCUGAAGCUGGGGUUCAUCGCCCAGAGCUGCCUGGCUCAAGGCCUCUCCACCAUGCUUGCCAACCUCUUCUCCAUGAGGUCAUUCAUAAAGAUUGAGGAAGACACGUGGCAGAAAUACUACUUGGAAGGAGUCUCAAAUGAAAUGUACACAGAAUAUCUCUCCAGUGCCUUCGUGGGUCUGUCCUUCCCUACUGUUUGUGAGCUGUGUUUUGUGAAGCUCAAGCUUCUGAUGAUAGCUAUUGAGUACAAGUCCGCCAACCGAGAGAGCCGAAGCCGAAAGCGUAUAUUAAUUAAUCCUGGAAACCACCUUAAGAUCCAAGAAGGUACUUUAGGAUUUUUCAUCGCAAGCGAUGCCAAAGAAGUUAAAAGGGCAUUUUUUUACUGCAAGGCCUGUCAUGAUGACAUCACGGAUCCCAAAAGAAUAAAAAAAUGUGGCUGCAAACGGCUCAAGGUUGGAGCUAGAUCACGCUAUCCCAAAGACCCAUUUGAGUUCAAGAACACAACUCACAAUUCUCGGCUUGUGACCGAGCCAGUUGAAGAUGAGCAGCCGUCAACACUGUCACCCAAAAAAAAGCAGCGCAACGGAGGCAUGCGGAACUCACCCAGCUCCUCGCCCAAGCUGAUGAGGCAUGACCCCUUGUUAAUUCCCGGCAAUGAUCAGAUUGACAACAUGGACUCCAACGUGAAGAAGUACGACUCUACUGGGAUGUUUCACUGGUGUGCACCCAAGGAGAUAGAGAAAGUCAUCCUGACUCGAAGUGAAGCCGCCAUGACCGUCCUGAGUGGCCACGUGGUGGUCUGCAUCUUUGGCGAUGUCACUUCAGCCCUGAUUGGCCUCCGGAACCUGGUGAUGCCACUCCGUGCCAGCAACUUUCACUACCACGAGCUCAAGCACAUUGUGUUUGUGGGUUCCAUCGAGUACCUCAAGCGGGAAUGGGAGACUCUUCAUAACUUCCCCAAAGUGUCCAUAUUGCCUGGUACGCCGUUAAGUCGGGCUGAUUUAAGGGCCGUCAACAUCAACCUCUGUGACAUGUGCGUUAUCCUGUCAGCCAAUCAGAAUAAUAUUGAUGAUACUUCGCUGCAGGACAAGGAAUGCAUCUUGGCGUCACUCAACAUCAAAUCUAUGCAGUUUGAUGACAGCAUCGGGGUCUUGCAGGCUAAUUCCCAAGGGUUCACACCUCCAGGAAUGGACAGAUCCUCUCCGGAUAACAGCCCGGUACAUGGGAUGUUACGUCAGCCCUCCAUCACAACUGGGGUCAACAUCCCCAUCAUCACUGAACUAGUGAACGAUACUAAUGUUCAGUUUUUGGACCAAGACGAUGACGAUGACCCCGACACAGAGCUGUACCUCACGCAGCCGUUUGCAUGUGGGACAGCGUUUGCCGUCAGCGUCCUGGAUUCACUCAUGAGUGCGACAUACUUCAAUGACAACAUCCUCACCCUGAUACGGACCCUGGUGACCGGAGGAGCCACGCCGGAGCUGGAGGCUCUGAUCGCCGAGGAGAAUGCACUGCGCGGGGGCUACAGCACCCCCCAGACGCUGGCCAAUAGGGACCGCUGCCGCGUGGCCCAGUUAGCACUGCUGGACGGGCCCUUUGCGGACCUGGGGGAUGGUGGUUGUUAUGGUGAUCUGUUCUGCAAAGCUCUGAAAACAUAUAAUAUGCUUUGUUUUGGAAUUUAUCGGCUGAGAGAUGCUCACCUCAGCACCCCCAGCCAGUGCACGAAGAGGUAUGUCAUCACCAACCCCCCGUACGAGUUUGAGCUCGUGCCGACGGACCUGAUCUUCUGCUUAAUGCAGUUUGACCACAACGCCGGCCAGUCCCGGGCCAGCCUCUCCCAUUCCUCCCACUCGUCCCAGUCCUCCAGCAAGAAGAGCUCCUCCGUUCACUCCAUCCCAUCCACAGCAAACCGACAGAACCGGCCCAAGUCCCGGGAGUCCCGAGACAAACAGAACAGAAAAGAAAUGGUUUACAGAUGAACCGGAUAAUGCCUAUCCCAGAAACAUUCAAAUCAAGCCCAUGAGUACCCACAUGGCUAACCAGAUCAACCAAUAUAAAUCCACAAGCAGCUUGAUUCCACCAAUCAGAGAAGUUGAAGAUGAAUGUUGACUCCCAGGAGACCAGAACUAUUUUUUUUAAAGCCUGACAAACUUCAUAAAUGGUGACGUGACUUUUCUUCCUCUUACAUGCUGAAUCACUGGUGGAAACGUUAGGAUAAGCAAGAAUUGCAAGAAAAAUAAAGUAGACAGAUCUUUCUCUUUGCCUUGAAUAUUGCUUCCAUGUAUUUUGGAAAAGAAAAUGAUUUCAUUUAUAUAUGAACAUACUAAAAUAGUCAUGUAUAGCCUCUAGCAUUUUAAAUUAUUUUUAUUUAUUAGAAGGAAAAUAUAUUUUUUCUUUUUUUUCCAUUGUCAUAUAUAUAUUCCCUAUAUCUAACAAUGCAAACUCAAAAGGAAUGUGGCCAGACUCCUUAUGCAUAUUUCUCUUCUUUCUCUCUUUUUCUUUGAGGAGAAUGAUGGUCACCACCACAGUUAAUUAUAAUUAAGGGAAAUGGAUUAUUAAGACAACUUUAAAAUGGUCCAAUAAUGUAAACAUGUAUUUUAGUAAAUUUAAAACAGAAGACAAAAGAGGGCAGGUGAAUUUCCUAGAUGGGUAUGUAUUUUGGCUGUACUGACACCAGCUCUUAAUAAAUGGAAAGUUACUUAUUUUCGAAAGUCAUAUUUUUGUAGUUUUAGUUUUCAUCCUGUAUUUCUCACCUUUUGUUCAUAUAUUUAAAGGGAAGACCUUCUUGCAGCUUUUCUACAAAUGCCAGAUCGGGUUUACCCUGCCAACUAACAAUACCAGAGGGUUGUGAGCAUGCCUGGGACGUGGAAGUUGAGGACCAGAUGCACAGAAGACAUUUAUUUCUCUGUUUGUUGUCCUAAUGGUGGGGACUCCUUCCUACAUGCUGUUAUGCUUCUCAUUUCAUAUCUCCAAACCAACCAAGCAGUAAUUGCAACUUUGGAAAGGUCUGGUGGACUCUCUCCCCAUUCCCCAAGUCCAGGGCUUUUAGCCUGAAAGUUUGUAAACACCAAUGAAUAGUUUUACUUAACGAUAGGAUAUGAUAACACAUUCAUGCUAUUCACUGAGUUUUUGUGUAAAAGCCAGAAAAGUUCCAUG